AUGACUCAAUCACAAAGCUCUUCUUCUUUGGAAGAACAUCCUGUAACUGUUACCGGUAAGGAAAACCCGGGGUUUGACAGCUCAGACAAUGAAGUUGGGCUAGUACUCCCAUCUUCUCCUGAAAAGGAGAGUUCAGAUACAAAGGAUUUCAAAGUUAUAACAUCAAGGGAUGCGGAUGUUACACUGAGAUUUUUAGAAGAGAACGACCAUUUGGUUGAGCCCAUAACUCCAGAGGAGGAACGGAAAUUGUCAAGAAAGGUUAUGUGGAUCGUGGUUAGUCUUACUGCAUUGAUUAAUCUCAUCUUGUAUGCUGAUAAAGCUGUGAUGUCUUAUGCAGCAAUUUUUACCUUUUUCGAAGAUACUGGCCUCACGCAAAACAAGUACAACAACGCCAACACUCUCUUCUAUUUCGGAUAUAUCGUAGGACAAGGGAAUUUGUUCUUCCUACAAAAAUUUCCGCUGUCCCGCGUUAUGUUUGUUAUGACCGCUUUGUGGAGUAUCAUUAUAUUCCUCCACUGUACAGCGUACAACUAUCAGGGAGUUUACGCCCUUAGAUUUUUCCUUGGAUUUGUUGAGUCAAUUGGUGUGCCUAGCUUGAACACAACGAUGGGCCAGUUUUUGACUCCGCAAGAAAAGUCGGCAACUGCUCCAGUAUUUUAUGCGGCCUGUAUGGGUGUUACAAUCCCUGUAGGGUUCAUUGCCUAUGGUGUUCUCAAUAUUACAAACUCUUCGAUCCCAACAUGGAAAAUAUUCUCCAUUAUCAUUGGCUGCUGUACAUUUUUAUCGAGCGUUUUGAUCUUCUUGGUGUAUCCAAGUAAUCCUACAGAUGCAAAGUUUUUGUCCAAGAAAGAGAAAAUAUGGGUUAUUAGAAGAGUGCAGCAGACUACUGGCUCCUCUAUCGAACAAAAAACUUUCAAGCCAUACCAGGCUAAAGAGGCGCUCAAGGACCCCAUUAGUUGGAUAUUUGGCGCGUUCUUUCUUCUUCAGCAGCUUGCCAACAACUUGACCUACCAGCAAAAUCUUUUGUUUGAAGAUCUUGGAAAUAUCACUGCGUUAGACUCUACCCUAGUGUCUGUUGCUUCGGGUGGUUUUGCUGUUGUGAUGGCAAUUAUUGCAAGUACAUUCUUGAUGUACAAAAAGAACUUUAUUGCGUUCUCGGUUGUUGUGUGGAGUUUACCAUCAUUCGUCGGGUCAAUAGGCGCGGCAACGUUGCCAUGGCAUAAUUCCAUUGGUUUGUUGGCCUUCGUUUGUUUGGCGUGUCCUGUUUUCGGUAUCCCUUGGAUCUUAAUGUUUAGUUGGAAUGCGCAAACAUGCUCAGGAUACACAAAGAAGAUGACAAGAAAUGCUAUUGUCAUGUUUUGGUUUGGUAUUUCAAACAUCAUCUCACCUCAGCUUUGGCAAGAAAGAGACGCUCCUCGUUACAUACCAGCUUGGAUCGUUCAAAUCGUGCUUUCGUUUUUCUUAGCCCCAUCAUUGGCCUUAGUUAUUUGGUUUAUUCUGAGGCGCAGAAAUAAGGAAAGACUAGCAAAGUUGGAUUCUGCAGGUAAACAAAUUGGAGUGAUUGAGGAAAACGGCGAGAGGACCGAGGUAAAUGUUGCUCUUCUAGAUUUGACUGAUCUGGAAAACGAGGCGUUUAUUUAUCCAUUGUGA